CCGCACCAUGGCCCCGGGCGUCUUUUGCGUCAGCCUGCUCGCUGUGGUGAGUGAGGGAAACCGCAAACAAUUUUGUCUUGAAAGUUGCAAUAGCUGACUUGGGGAAUAGCUUUACCAUUAUGUUACUUUGCUCUGAUGAAGCUAGACAAUAACCCACACACUGGUUGAAUCAAUGUUGUUCCCACGUCAUUUCAUUGGGAUCCGUUGUUUUCGAUAUUUUCCCCGAAGAAAAUGUAAAAUGUUGAGGGACUUCAGUUCAGCUUUAAAAGUCGGUGGGCAGUCCAGUCCUCCAUGUCUGACCACUGCGCUUAUCUCAUGCAGAAGUUUCGUGAGCAAAUCGGUGUGGAAUGUAGCACAGAAAUGACAGACUUAUGUUGUUGAGCUGAAACUUUGUAUAAAAUAAGCAUGAUCCGUGUUCUCUAGUUUAGGCUAUACUUAUUUGUCAAACUGAGUAGUCCUGUCUAGAUCUUUUGCAAAUGCAUUCAUUAGUUAUACAUUUCAUUGAUACAGCACUCUGGCUGCGAAUGAGGUUAAUGAUUAUCGAAGGCACUACGAGUUAUAAAAACAACAAAGGCCUGGGAAAGGAGAGUCCAGAUAAGACGUGUUGAUAAGCUGCUGUAAAGCUGAAAUAUUUUCAAAUAGCCUAGUGAGUAGCGGCCCAUGUUGACAUAUUGUUUUGAGCCAUUAUGACCAGGCUACUCCAUAUAGGAAAAUACGAACAGCAUUAGGCCUACUCAUUGCUCAACAAUGACCCACCAAAACAUCCUAUACUGUUUCUGAGACUAAUAUAUUGGAAAUAUUGCUUAAAAGAACCCAUAUCCCAAUCUGGGAUUCAAAAAACAAAGCAGUCACUGCACCACUUGUUUUGAUAAACAGUUAAUGAAAAAAAAAUGGAUGUACCAAUCCCACAUUUAAGAUAAAACUUGAAUAGGUAGUAUUGCCUUUGACUCAGGCUACAGUUAUCAUUGUAUGUUAUUCACAUGUCUACUGGUUUCCUCACACUUGCUAGAAUGAGUCAGGCACUCUUCAGCAGUGGUAUUACUAUAGACCUAUUGGUUCAAACACAUUUUAGGAAUGUGAACCGAGUGUGAUCGGAAAACUGGUCUGUCCAACAAAAGGAGUGUAUUAUUUACUGAUAGAAGAAAUCAGCUGUCAACACAUAUACUCAUUAUCAUCGCCAUCAUCACUACCACCUUCAUAAUCAAUGAAUCAGAAUAAUUGGAAGUGAAUAGUAAAGUUUAAGCAUAGGGGUCUAAAAAAAUUAAGGUUAUGUUUAGGAACUAUGGUUAGGUUAAGGUUAGGUAUUUUCAGUGAAGCUAGAAUCCCUAGUUUCUACAUCAAUAUUUGGACUUAUAAAUUAAUUAUAUAUAUAUAUAUAUAUACCAGGGGUAUUCAACUCUUACCCUACGAGAUCUGGAGCCUGCUGGUUUUCUGAGCUACCUGAUAAUUAAUUGCACCCACCUGUUGUCCCAGGUAUAAAUCAGUCCCUGAUUAGAGGGGAACAAUAAAAAACGCAGUGGAACUGGUUUCGAGGUCCAGCGUUGAGUUUGAGGGAAAUAUGCUCUUUGAUUCUUGAAGAAUAUAACUUAUAAAUGCCUCAUGAGCUUAGUUCAACAUACCCCAUUAAAAUCCAAAAUAUACGCUUGUUCUAUUUAAAUGUUUGUAAACAACAUAAAUGUAAACAAACACUGUACAGCCUCAAAACUAGUGAUGGGGGAAGAAAUCGAUACAGUUACAUAUCACAAUAUUAUUUGGGACGAUAUCAUAUCGAUACUUUGACUCCAAGUAUAGAUUUGUAGAUUAUUAUGUUUUGGCUAGGUAGUGUUAGCAAGCACUAGUCGGCUGUCCCUGUGCCAAAACGCCAGUAUUUUUCAUCCUAUAGCUUGUUUUCCAUCUUCUUUUUAAAUAGUGAGCCAACAUGUUUUCAGCACUUAUAUUUUGCGACGGUGAGUGACAAGGAGUUGGCAGAAACGGAUCUGGGGGUUAAUGUAUCACUGCCAAUAAAGAAUUGAAAACAUGGACAGUAGGAGAAGGAGAGUGACAAAGACAGGAUGAAAGACAUGUUCUCUCUGUUCUCUCUCAGAUCAUGGCUCAGUCUGUUGAGUGCUGUGUUCCUCAUUCCAUCCAAGCCCAGGUCCCAGUGGAGGUCAGGCCUGGCUAUGUCAUCUCUCAAGGUAGGCCUAUAACACCUGCCUAUCUGUGUGUGUAGCCUAGUCAAUGUAGUUAGUGACAGUAGUGUUUUGUGUGUGAGUUAUGUUUGCCUCACUGCCUGUAGUUACCGUGGCCCGUAUUCACAGAGUUUUAGAGUAGGAUAUAGGAUCAGAUUUCCUUUUUAGAUUGUACUGAAUAAGUUUAUGGAUAGAGAAGACCUGAUCCUAGAUCAGCACUUAUACUCUGAAACUAUUUGUGAAUACGAGCCAGAGUGUUCUGACAGUGUGUGUGUGUGUGUUGCCCAGUGUAGUAACAGUGUGUAUUCUGUGUGUGUGUUCUUUGUGUGUGUUCUCUGUGUUGUCCAGUGCCAGUGGCAGGGUGUCACAUACAGGGACAGUGGCUGACAUCCAGUGACCCCCACUUCGCCAUGCGGAGCGACGGCACCAUCGUCACGGUGGAUGUCACCACGGUUACAGCGGAGGGCAGGUCCUUCUGGGUGAGGGGGAGGGAUGGGGGAGGACGGCGCUGGAGGAUGGAGGUCCGUCUGUCCCCAGACCCUGAACAGGUGCGGAAUACCUGGGAGAAAGAGAGAGAUACACAGAGAGAGAAAGAGACUUUUGAAUGCCUUUACUGUAACAUUACUGAAUCACACAAUGAAUCAUACAUGUGACGUACAGUAUUGAGUCACAAACAGAAGACACACUCAAUACUCCCCACCAACCCCUCUACUCAAACCACCCUCUACAACAGAAAAGCAAUAAUAGAUAUAUAUGUGAGUCUUCUGGUAAGGUUUAGAAAGUAGACUGCUUGUAUGUUUACUUAUCACUGUGACACUGUCCUUAUAGGAGCAUAUUCAAGUACCCAUGAGGGUGCCCUUAAACGUGCCUGCACAGAAAGGGGCCCAGAGGGGUCCUUCUGAGGUCCUGAGGCGCUCUAAAAGGAGAUGGAGUCCUCUCCCGUUCAGCAUCAUAGAGCAGGACAUCCCACCGUUCCCCAAAGACGUAGAACUGGUGAGGACAUGCAUCAUUAUCACUCUCCUCACAUCCUCCCUUCUCUUUCCUCAUGUAUCCCAUCGGUCUUACUCUCCUAUCCCUCUUCUAUCACCUUCCCCCCUCCUCAUCUCAAUCACCUUCCCCCUCCUCAUCUCAAUCACCUUCCCCCUCCUCAUCUCAAUCACCCCCCCUCUCCUCAUCUCAAUCACCCCCCCCUCUCCUCAUCUCAAUCACCUUCCCCCCUCCUCAUCCAAGUCACAUUCCCCCCCUCCUCAUCCCAGUCACCUUCCCCCCUCCUCAUCCCAGUCACCUCCCCCCCUCCUCAUCCCAGUCACCUUCCCCCCCUCCUCAUCCCAGUCACCUUCCCCCCUCCUCAUCCCAGUCACCUUCCCCCCCUCCUCAUCCCAGUCACCUUCCCCCCUCCUCAUCUCAAUCACCUUCCCCCUCCUCAUCUCAAUCACCCCCCCUCCUCAUCUCAAUCACCUUCCCCCUUCCUCAUCCAAGUUACCUUCCCCCCCUCCUCAUCCCAGUCACCUUCCCCCCUCCUCAUCCCAGUCACCUUCCCCCUUCUCAUCUCUGUCACCUUCCCCCCCUCCUCAUCUCUGUCACCUUCCCCCCUCCUCAUCCCAGUCACCUUCCACCCUCCCAUCCCAGGGUUCUCAUCCCAGUCACCUUCCCCCCUCCUCAUCCCAGUCACCCCCCCCCCUCCUCAUCCGUCACCUCCCCCCUCCUCAUCCCAGUCACCUUCCCCCCCAUCAUCCCAGUCACCUUUCCCCCUCCUCAUCUCUGUCACCUUCCCCCCUCCUCAUCUCUGUCACCUUCCCCCCCUCCUCAUCUCUGUCACCUUCCCCCCUCCUCAUCCCAGUCACCUUCCACCCUCCUCAUCCCAGUCACCUUUUACCUUCCACCCUCCUCAUCCCAUUCUCCUUCCACCCUCCUUAUCCCAUUCACCUUCCAACCUCCUCAUCCCAGUCACCCCCCCCUCAUCCCAGGUUCUCCCCCCCCCCCCCCCCCCUCAACCCAGGCACCUUCCCCCCUCCUCAUCCCAGUCACCUUCCCCCCCUCCUUAUCCCUGUCACCUUCCCCCCUCCUCAUCCCUGUCACCGUCCCCCCCCCCUCAUCCCAGUAACCUUCCCCCUCCUCAUCCCAGUAACCUUCCCCCUCUCCUCAUCCCAAUCACCUUCCCCCCCUCCUCAUCCCCAUCACCUUCCCCCACUCCUCAUCCCAGUCACCUUCCCCCACUCCUCAUCCCAGUCACCUUCCCCCUCCUCAUCCCAGUCACCUUCCCCCUCCUCAUCCCAGUCACCUUCCACCCUCCUCAUCCCAGUCACCUUUUAUUUUCCACCCUCCUCAUCCCAUUCUCCUUCCUCCCUCCUUAUCCCAUUCACCUUCCAACCUCCUCAUCCCAGUCACCCCCCCCUCAUCCCAGGGUUCUCCCCCCUCCUCAUCCCAGUCACCUCCCCCCCCUCCUUAUCCCUGUCAUCUUCCCCCCUCCUCAUCCCUGUCACCGUCCCCCCCCCCCCCUCAUCCCAGUAACCUUCCCCCUCCUCAUCCCAGUAACCUUCCCCCUCUCCUCAUCCCAAUCACCUUCCCCCCUCCUCAUCUCAAUAACCUUCCCCCACUCCUCAUCCCAGUCACCUUCCCCCCUCCCCAUCCCAGUCACCUUCCCCCUCCUCAUCCCAGUCACCUUCCCCCCUCCUCAUCCCAGUCACCUUCCCCCCUCCUCAUCCCAGUCACCUUCUCCCCUCCUCAUCCCAGUCACCUUCCCGCCCUCCUCAUCCCAGUCACCUUCCCGCCCUCCUCAUCUCUGCCAACUUCCCCCCCUCCUCAUCUCUGUCACCUUCCCCCCCUCCUCAUCCCAGUCACCUUCCACCUUUCACCCUCCUCAUCCCAGUCACCUUUCACCCUCCUCAUCCAUCACCCUCCUCAUCCCAGUCCCCUUCCCCCCCUCCUCAUCCCAGUCACCUUCCCCCCUCCUCAUCCCAGGCACCAUCCCCUCCUCAUCCCAAUCACUUUCCCCCUUCCUCAUCCCAACCACCUCCCCCAUCCCAGUCACCUUCCCCCCUCCUCAUCCCAGUCACCUUCCCCCCUCCUCAUCCCAGUCACCUCCCCCCCCCUCCUCAUCCCAGUCACUUUCCCCCCCUCCUCAUCCCAGUCACCUUCCCCCCCCUCUUCAAUCCCAGUCACCUUCCCCCCUCCUCAUCCCAGUCACCUUCCCCCCCUCCUCAGCCCAGUCACCUUCCCCCCCUCAUCUCAAUCACCUUCACCCCCCCAUCUCAAUCACUUUCCACCCCUCUUCACAAACCGGUUUUCCUUCCACCCUCCUCAUCCUAGUCACCUUCCACCCUCCUCAUCCCAGUCACCUUCCACCCUCCUCAUCCCGCCUCCUCAUCCCAGUCACCUUUCCCCCUCCUCAUCCCAGUCACCUUUCCCCUCCUCAUCCCAGUCACCUUUCCCCUCCUCAUCCCAGUCACCUUUCCCCCUCCUCAUCCCAGUCACCUUUCCCCCUCCUCAUCCCAGUCACCUUUCCCCCUCCUCAUCCCAGUCACCUUUCCCCCUCCUCAUCCCAGUCACCUUUCCCCCUCCUCAUCCCAGUCACCUUUCCCCCUCCUCAUCCCAGUCACCUUUCCCCCUCCUCAUCCCAGUCACCUUUCCCCCUCCUCAUCCCAGUCACCUUUCCCCCUCCUCAUCCCAGUCACCUUUCCCCCUCCUCAUCCCAGUCAACCCCCCCCCUCCUCAUCUCAAUCACCUUCCCCCUCCCCCAUCCCAGUCACCUCCCACCCUCCUCAUCCCAGUCACCUCCCACCCUCCUCAUCCCAGUCAACUCCCACCCUCCUCAUCCCAGUCACCUUCCCCCUCCCAUCCCAGGCACCAUCCCCUCCUCAUCCAUCACUUUUCCCCAACCCCCUUUUUUUUGUUUUUUCCCCCUUCCUCAUCGCCAACCACCUCCCCCAUCCCGUCACCUUCCAUCCUCCUCAUCCCAUCCCUGCCCCCCCCUCCUCAAUCCCAGUCACCAUUCCCCCCCUCCUCAUCCCAGUCACCGUCCCCCCCUCCUCAUCCCAGUCACCUUCCCCACCCCUCCUCAUCACAGUCACCUUCCCCCCCCUUCCUUCAUCCCAGUCACCUUCCCCCCCUCCUCAAUCCCAGUCACCUUCCCCACCUCCUCAUCCCAGUCACCUUCCUCUUCCUCCCCCCCUCCUCAUCCCAGUCACCUCCCCUCCUCACCAGUUCACCCGUCCCCCCCUCAUCCCAAAUCACACCUUCACCCCCCCCCAUCUCAAUCACCUUUCACCCCUCUUCACACCGGUUUCCUUCCCCCUUCCCCACCCACCCUCCUCUCCUAGUCACCGUCACCCUCCUCAUCCCGUCACCUUCCCUCCCCCCUCCUCAUCCCAGUCACCUUCCCCCUCCUCAUCCCAGUCACCUUUCCCCCUCCUCAUCCCAGUCACCUUUCCCCCUCCUCAUCCCAGUCAACCUUUCUCCCCUCCUCAUCCCAGUCACCUUUCCCCCUCCUCAUCCCAGUCAACCUUUCCCCCUCCUCAUCCCAGUCAACCUUUCCCCCUCCUCAUCCCAGUCACCUUUCCCCCUCCUCAUCCCAGUCACCUUUCCCCCUCCUCAUCCCAGUCACCUUUCCCCCUCCUCAUCCCAGUCAACCUUUCCCCCCUCCUCAUCCCAGUGACCUCCCCCCCUCCUCAUCCCAGUCCACCUUCCCCCCUCCUCAUCCCAGUCACCCUUUCCCCUCCCUCAUCCCAGUCACCUUUCCCCCUCCUCCAUCCCAGUCACCUUUCCCCCUCCUCAUCCCAGUCCACCUUUCCCCCUCCUCAUCCCCAGUCACCUUUCCCCCCCCUCAUCCCAGUCACCUUCCCCCCCCCCCUCAUCCCAGUCACCUUCCCCCCCUCCUCAUCCCAGUCACCUUCCCCCCCUCCUCAUACCAGUGACCCUCCCCCCCUCCUCAUCCCAGUUACCUUCACCCCCUCAUCUCAAUAACUUUCCACCCCUCCUCAUCCCAGUCACCCUCCCCCCUCCUCAUCCCAGUCACCUUCCCCCCUCAUCUCAAUCACCUUCACCCUCCAUCUCAAUCACUUUCCACCCCUCCUCAUCCCAGUCACCUCCCCCCUCCUCAUCCCCAGUCACCUUCCCCCCUCCUCAUCUAAAUCACCCAAUCACCCCCUCCUCAUCCCAGUCACCUCCCCCCCUCCUCAGCCCAGUCACCUCCCCCCCUCCUCAUCCCAGUCACCUCCCCCCUCCUCAUCCCAGUCACCUCCCCCCUCCUCAUCCCAGUCACCUCCCCCCUCCUCAUCCCAGUUCCACCUCCCCCCCCAUCCCAGUCACCCCCCCUCCCCAUCCCAGUCACCUUCCCCCCCCUCCUCAUCCCAGUCACCUUCCCCCCCCCUCCUCAUCCCCGUCCCUUCCCCCCUCCUCAUCCCAGUUCCUUUCCCCCCUCCUCAUCCCAGUCACCUUCCCACCCCUCCUCAUCCCAGUCACCUCCCCCCUCCUCAUCCCAGUCACCUUCCCCCUUCCUCAUCUAAAUCACCCCCCUCCUCAUCCCAGUCACCCUCCCCCCCUUCCUCCAUCCCAUCACCCCCCCCUCCUCAUCCCAGUCCCUUUCCCCCCUCCUCAUCCCAGUUCCUUUCCCCCCCCUCCUCAUCCCAGUCCCCCCCCCCUCCUCAUCUAAAUCUCUCUCAAUCACCUUCACCUUCACCCUCCAUCUCAAUCACUUUCCACCCCUCCUCAUCCCAGUCACCUCCCCCCUCCUCAUCUCAAUACCUUCCCCUUCCUCAUCUAAAUCAACACCCCCUUCCUCAUCUAAAUCACCCCCCUCCUCAUCCCAGUCACCUCCCCCCCUCCUCAUCCCAGUCACCCCCCCCCUCAUCCCAGUCACCCCCCCCUCCUCAUCCCAGUCAACCUUCACCCCCCCUCCUCAUCUCUUUCACCUUCCCCCCCCUCCUCACCCCCAGUCACCUUCCACCCUCCUCAUCCCAGUCACCUUCCACCCUCCUCAUCCCAGUCACCUUUCCCCCUCCUCAUCCCAGUCACCUUUCCCCCCUCCUCAUCCCAGUCACCCUUUCCCCCUCCUCAUCCCAGUCACCUUUCCCCCUCCUCAUCCCAGUCACCUUUCCCCCCUCCUCAUCCCAGUCACCUUUCCCCCUCCUCAUCCCAGUCACCUUUCCCCCUCCUCAUCCCAGUCACCUUUCCCCCUCCUCAUCCCAGUCACUUUUCCCCCUCCUCAUCCCAGUCACCUUUCCCCCUCCUCAUCCCAGUCACCUUUCCCCCUCCUCAUCCCAGUCACCUUUCCCCCUCCUCAUCCCAGUCACAGUUCCCCCUCCUCAUCCCAUCACCCCCCCCCCUCCUCACCUCAUGCACCUUCCCCCCUUCCUCAUCUCAGGCACCUUCCCCCUCCCCCAUCCCAGUCCACCCUCCCACCCUCCUCAUCCCAGUCACCUCCCACCCUCCUCAUCCCAGUCAACUCCCACCCUCCUCAUCCCAGUCACCUUCCCCCCUCCUCAUCCCAGGCACCAUCCCCUCCUCAUCCCAAUCACUUUUCCCCCCUUCCUCAUCCCACCACCUCCCCCAUCCCAGUCACCUUCCAUCCUCCUCAUCCCAGUCACCUCCCCCCCUCCUCCUCCCAGUCACCUUCCCAAUUCAAAAAAAGAUAGAGAAAAUAAGGCCCCCCCCCCCCUCCUCAUCCCAGUCCCCUCCCCCCCUCCUCUCGCCAUUCACCUUCCCACCCCUCCUCAUCCCAGUCUCCCCUUCCCUCCCUCCACCCCCUCGCCUCCCCGUCACCUUCCCAGCCCCUCCGUCCUCCCAGUCACCUUCCCCCCUCCUCCUCCCCUUCACUCUUCCCCCCCCUCCUCAACCCAGUCACCUCCCCCCCUCAUCCCCAUCACCUUCACCCCCCCAUCUCAAAUCCCUUUCCCCCCCUCUCCCUCUUCCACACCGGUUUCCUUCACCCUCCUCAGCCGAGUCUACAUUAACACCCCCUCAUCCCAGUCACCUUCCCCCCUCCUCAUCCAGUCACCUUCCCCCCCCUUCCUCAUCCCAGUCACCUUUCCUUUCCACCCUCCUCAUCCCAUUCACCUUUCCCCCCUCCCCGCCUCAUCCCAGUCCACCUUUCCCCCCUACCUCAAUCCCGUCAAACCUUUCCCCUCCUCAUCCCCAGUCACCUUUCCCCCUAUCAUCCCAUCCCUUUCCUCCCCCUCCGCAUCCCAGUCACCUUUCCCCCUUCCUCAUCCCAGUCCACCUUUCCCCCCUCCUCAUCCCAGUCACCUUUCUUCCCCCUCCUUCAUCCCAUCAACUUUCCCCCUCCCAUCCAGUCCCUUCCCCCUCCUCUCCCAGUCACCUUUCCUUCCCUCCUCAUCCCAGUGACCCUCCCCCCUCCUCAUCCCAUUCCAUCCUUUCCUCCCCCUCCUCAUCCCAGUCACCUUUCCCCUCCUCAUCCAGUCACAUUUCCCCUCCUCAUCCCCGUCACCUUUUCCUCCCCUCCUCAUCCCCGUCACCUUUCCCCCUCCCAUCCCCAGUCACGCUUUCCCCCUCCUCAUCCCAGUCACCUUCCCCCUCCUCAAUCCAGUCCACCUUCCCCCCCCUCCUCAUCCCAUCACCUUCCCCACCCUCCUCAUCCCAUCAACCUUCCCCCCCCUUCCCUCAUACCAUUGACCUCCCCCCUGCUCAUCCAUGUUACCUUCACCCCCUCAUCUCAAUAACUUCCACCACCCAUCCUCAUCCAGUCACCUCCCCCCUCCUCAUCCCAGUCCCUUCCCCCCUCAUCUCAAUCACUUCACCCUCCACUCAAUCACUUUUCCUCCCCUCCUCUCCCAGUCACUCCCCCCUCCUCAUCUAAAUCACAAACACCCCCCUCCUCAUCCCAGUCACCUCCCCCCCUCCCAUCCCUCACCCCCCUCUCCCGCCAUCCAGUCACCUUCCCCCCCCCCUCCUCAUCCCAUCAACCUUCCCCCCCUCCUCAUCCCAGUCCCUCCCCCGUCCCCCCUCCUCAUCCCGUUCCUUUCCCCCCUCCUCAUCCCAAGUCACCUCCCCCCAACCUCCUGAUCCCAUCACCUCCCCCUCCUCAUCCCAGUCCACCUUCCCGCCUUCCCCCUUCCUCAUCUAAACACCCCCCCUCCUCAUCCCAAGUCACCUCCCCCCCUCUCUCAUCCCCGUCACCAUCAACACCCCCCCCUCCUCUCCCAGUCCCUUUCUCCCCCUUCCUCAUCCCAGUUCCUUUCCCCCUCUUCCCCCCCUCCUCAUCCCAUUCCCCCCCCCCUCCUCAUCUAAUCUCUCUCAUCACCUUCACCUUCAACCACCUCCUCUCAAAUCACUUAUCCACCCCCUCCUCAUCCCAGUCACCCCCCCCUCCUCAUCCUCCCGUCAACCUUCCCCCUUCCUCUCUAAAUCACCCCCCUCCUCAGCCCCAUCACCUCCCCCCCUUCCUCAUCCCAGUCACCCCCCCCUCCUCAUCCCAGUCACCUCCCCCCGCCUCAUCCGUCACCUCCCCCGCCUCAUCCCGGCACCUCCCCCCUCCUCAUCCCAGUCACCUCCCCCCGCCUCAUCCCAUCACCCCCUCCUCUCCCAGUCACCUUUCCCCCUCCUCAGCCCAUCACCCCCCACCCACCCCCCCUCCUCACCUCAUGCACCUUCCCUUCCCAUCUCAGGCACCUCCCCUCCCCCUCCCCCAUCCCAGUCACCUCCCACCCCUCCUCAAUCCCAGCACAUCCCCCCCUCCUCAUCCCCAGUCACUCCCACCCUCCUCAUCCCAGUCACCUUCCCCCCUCCCUCCCCCUCUCAUCCCGCACCAUCCCCCUCCUCAUCCAAUCACUUUUCCCCCUUCCUCAUCCCAACCACCUCCCCAUCCCAGUCACCUUCCAUUCCUCCUCAUCCCAGUCCCCGUCACCUUCCCCCCCUCCUCCCCAGUCACCAUUCCCCCCUCCUCAUCCCAGUCACCUUCUCCCCCCUCCUCAUCCCGUCACCUUCCCCCCCCUCCUCAGCCCAGUCACCUUCCCCCCCGCCCUCAGCCCAGUCAACUUCCCCUUCCCCCCCUCCUCACCCAGUCACCCCCCCCCUCAUCCCAACAUCACCUUCAAACCCCCCAUCUCAAUCACUUUCCACCCCUCUUUCACACCGGUUUUCCUUCACCCUCCUCCAUCCUAGUCCCCUUCCAUCCACCCUCCUCAUCCCAGUCCAACCUUCCCCCUCCUCAUCCCAGUCACCUUCCCCGCAUCAUCCCAGUCAACCUUUCCCCCUCCUCAUCCUCAGUCACCUUUCCCCCCUCCUCAUCCCCGUCCCCACCCCCCCUCAUCCAGGGUCCUCCCCCCCCCCCCCCCCCCCGCAACCCUGCACCUUCCCCCCUCCCAUCCAGUCACCUUCCCCCCCUCCUUAUCCCUGUCACCUUCCCCCCUCCUCAUCCCCUGUCAACCGUCCCCCCCCCCUCAUCCCCUACCUCCCCCUCCUCAUCCCAGUAACCUUCCCCCUCUCGCUCCCCAAUCACCUCCCCCCGCCUCAUCCCAAUCACCUUUCCCAACUCCUCAUCCCAGUCACCUGUCCUUCCCCACUCCUCAUCCCAGUCACCUUCCCCCUCCUCAUCCCCAUUCACCUCCCUCCCAUCCCCAGUCACCUUCCCUCCUCAAUCCCGUCUCCUUCCACCCUCCACCUCAUCCCAGUCAGCCUUUUAUUUUUCCACCCUCCUCAUAUCCAUUCUCCUUCCUCCCUCUUAUCCCAUUCACCUCCAACCUCCUCAUCCAGUCAACCCCCCCCUCAGGCCCAGGGUUUCCCCCCUCCUCAUCCCAGUCCCCCUCCCCCCCCUCCUUAUCCCUGUCACAUCUUCCCCCUCCUCAUCCCUGUCACCGUCCCCCCCCCCCUCAUCCCAGUACCGUCCCCCCUCCCCUCCUCCAGUAACCUUCCCUCCCCCUCUCCUUCAUCCCAUCACCUUUCCCCCCCCCGCCUCAUCUCAAAUAACCUUCUCCCCCACUCCUCAUCCCAGUCACCUUCCCCCUCCCCAUCCCAGUCACUUCCCCCCUCCUCAUCCCGUCCAACCUUCCCUCCCCCCCCAUCCCCCGCCUCAUCCCAGUUGCACCUUCCCCCCCCUCCUCAUCCCAGUCACCUUCUCCCCUCCUCAUAUCCCAUCACCUUCCCCCCGCCCUACCUCAUCCCAGUCACCUUCCCACCUUCCCGCCCUCCUCGCUCUCUGCCAACUUCCCCCCCUCCUCAUCUCUGUCACCUUCCCCCCUCUCAUCCAGUCACCUUCCACCUUCUUCACCCUCCUCACCCAGUCACCUUUCACCCCUCCCUCAUCCAGUCACCUCCACCCUCCUCAAAAAUCCCAGUCACUUCCCCCCUCCUCAUUCCGCAUCCCACCUUCCCCCCCUCCUCAUCCCAGGCACCAUCCCCUCCUCAUCCCAAUCACUUUCCCUUCCUCAUUCCCAAACCACCAACCACCGCCCCCAUCCCCGUCACCUUCCCCCCUCCUAAUCCCAGUCACCUCCCCCCCUCCUCAAUCCCAUCAAACCUCCCCCCCCCUCCUCAUCCAGUCACUUUCCCCCCCCCCCAUCCCGUCACCUUCCCCCCCUCUUCAAAUCCCAGUCACCUUCCCCCUCCUCAUCCCAUCACCUUCCCCCCCUCGCUCAGCCCAGUCACCUUCCCCCCCUUCAUCUCAAUCACCUUCACACCCCCCCAUCUCAAUCACUUUCCACGCAGGAUCUUCACAACCGGUUUCCUUCCACCCUCCUCAUCCCUAGUUCACCUUCCCACCCCCUCACUCCCAGUCACCUUUCCACCCUCCUCAUCCCAGUCACCUUUUCCCCUCCUCAGCCCAGUCACCUUUUCCCCUCCUCAUCCCAGUCACCGUUCCUCCUCAUCCCAGGCACCUUCCCCUCCUCAUCCCAGUCACCUUUCCCCUCCUCAGCCCAUCAACCUUUCCCUCCCAUCCCAGUCACCUUGUCCCCCUCCUCAUCCCCCAAGUCACCUUUCCCCCUCCUCAACCCAGUCACCUUUCCCCCCCUCAUCCCAGUCACCUUUCCCCUCCUCGCCCAGUCACCUUUCCCCCUCCUCAUCCCAGUCACCCUUUCCCCCUCCUCAUCCCGUCACCUUUUCCACCUCCUCAUCCAGUCCACCCCCCCCCCCCCUCUCAUCUCAAUAACCGUCCCCCUACCCCAUCCCAUUCACCCUCCCACCCUCCUCAUCCAGUCACCUCCCACCCUCCUCAUCAGUCAACUCCCCACCCUCCUCAUCCCAUCCCCCUAUCACCUUCCCCCCUCCCUCAUCCCAGCACCUCCCCUCCUCUCCCCCAUCACUUUCCCCCUUCCUCAUCCCAACCCACCUCCCCCCUCCCAGUCACCUUCCAUCCUCCUCAUCCCAGUCACCUCUCCCCCCCCUCCUCAUCCCAGUCACCUUCCCCCCUCCUCAUCCCGUCACCUUCCCCCCCCCUCAUCCAGUCGGAAACCUUCCCCCCCGUCCUCAUCCCAUCACCUUCCCCCCUCCUCAUCCCAGUCACCUCCCCCCCUCCUCCGCCCAGUCACUCCCCCCCCCCUCCUCAUCCCAGUCAACCUUCCCCCCCUCCUCAGCCCAGUCACCUUCCCCCCCUCCUCAGCCCAGUCACCUCCCCCCCCUCAUCCCAAUCACCUCACCCCCCCCAUCGCAAUCACUUUCCACCCCUCUUCCACCUGUUUCUUCCACCCUCCAUCAGCCUAGUCCCCAGUCCCACCCCUCCUCAUCCCAGUCCACCCUUCCCCCCCUCCUCAUCCCAGUCCAUCCCACACCUUUCCCCCUCCUCAUCCAGGCACCUUUCCUUUCCUGUCCCCCUCCUCAUCCCACACCUUUCCUCCCCCUCCUCAUCCCUAUCACCUUUCCUUCCCCCUCCUCAUCCCAGUCCAACCUUUCCCCCUCCUCAUUCCCAGUCACCUUUCCCCCCCCUCCUCAUCCCGUCACCUUUCCCCCUCCCAUCCAGUCACCUUUCCCCUCCUCCAAUCCCAGUCACCUUUCCCCACUCCUCCUCCUCCAGUCACCUUUCCCCCUCCUCAUCCCAGUCACACCUUUUCCCCCUCCUCAUCCCAGUCCCCUUUCCCACUCCCAUCCCCGUGGACCUCCCCCCCUCCUCUCCCAGUCACCUUUCCCCCCUCCCAUCCCAUUACCUUUCCCCCUCCUCAAUCCCAUCACCUUUCCCCUCCUCAUCCCAAGUCACCUUUCCCCCUCCUCAUUCCAGUCACCUUUACCCCCUCUCAUCCAGUCACCUUCCCCCCCCCCCUCAUCCCAGUCAUCAUCACCUUCCCCCCUCCUCAUCCCAGUCACCUUCCCCCCUCCUCAUACCAUUGACCUCCCUCCCCUCCCAUCCCCGUUACCUUCACACCCCAUCAUCUCAAUAACGUUCCCACCCCUCCUCAUCCCAGUCCCUCCCCCUCCUCAUCCCCUAUCAACCUUCCCCCCUCAUCUCAAUCACCUUCAACCCUCCAUCUCAAUCACUUCCACCCCCUCCUCAUCCAGUCCCCAGCCUCCCCCCUCCUCAUCCCAGUCACCUUCCCCCCGCCUCAUCUAAAUCCACACCCCCCUCCUCAUCCCAUCACCACCUCCCCCCUCCUCAGCCCAGUCACCCACCUCCCCCCCUCCUCCCCCAGUCAACUCCCCUCCUCAUCCCAGUCACCUCCCCUCCCCCCUCCUCAUCCAGUCCCCUCCCCCGCCUCAUCCUCCCAGUCACCUCCCCCCUCCUCCUCCCAGUCACCCCCAUCCUCAGCCCCAGUCACCCCCCUCCCCCAUCCCAGUCACCUUCCCCCCCCUCCUCAUCCCAGUCACCUUCCCCCCCCCCUCCUCAUCCCAGUCCCUUCCCCCCUCCUCAUUCCCAGUUCCUUUCCCCCCUCUCAUCCCAGUCACCCUUUCCCACCCCUCUCUCCCAGCACCUCCCCCCUCCUCAUCCCAGCCACCUUCCCUUCCCCCUUCCUCAUCUUAAAUCACCCCCCUCCUCAUCCCAGUCACCCCCGCACCCUUCCUCAUCCCAGUCACCCACCCCCCCUCCUCAUCCCAGUACCCUUUCCCCCUCCUCAUCCCAAGUUCCUUUGCCUUCCCCCCUCCUCAUCCCAGUCCCCCCCCCAUCCCUAUCGUAAAUCCCAAUCAUCUCUCAAUCACCUUCACCUUCACCCUCCAUCUCAAUCACUUUCCACCCCUCCUCAUCCCAUCACCUCCCCCCUCCUCAUCUCAAAUACCUUCCCCCUUCCCUCAUCCUAAAUCACCCCCUUCCUCAUCUAAAGCACCCCCUCCUCAUCCCAGUCGAACCUCCCCCCCUCCUCAUCCAGUCACCCCCCCCCUCUCCCAAUCACGUCACCCCCCCCUCCUCAUCCCAUCACCUCCCCCCCUCCUCAUCUCUUUCACCUUCCCCCCCUCCUCACCCCAUCACCUUCCACCCUCCUCUCCCGUCCACCUUCCCCCUCCUCAUACCAGUCACCUUUCCUCCCCCUCCUCAUCCCAGUCACCUUUCCCCCUCCUCAUCCCAUCACCUUUCCCCCUCCUCAUCCCAUCACACCUUUCCCCCUCCUCCUCCCAUCACCUUUCCCCCCUCCCUCCAUCAUCCCAGUCACCUUUCCCCCUCCUCAUCCCAGUCACCUUUCCCCUCCUCAUCCCCAGUACCUUUCCCCCUCCUCAUCCCAGUCCGUUUCCCCCUCCUCAUCCCAGUCCCUUUCCCUCCCCCUCCUCAUCCCAGUCACCUUUCCCCCUCCUCACCCGUCACCUUCCCCCUCCUCAUCCCAGUCACAUUUCCCCCUCCUCAUCCCAUGUCCCCCCCCCCUCCUCACCUCAGGCACCUUCCCCUUCCUCUCUCUGCACCUCCCCCCUCCCCAUCCCAUUCACCUCCCACCCUCCCUCACCCAGUCACCUCCCCACCCUCCUCAGCCAGUCAACUCCACCUCCUCAUCCCAGUCACCUUCCCCCCUCCUCAUCCCGCACCAUCCCCUCCGCAUCCCAUCCCUUUCCCCCUUCCUCAUCCCAACCACCCUCCCCCAUCCAGUCACCUUCCAUCCUCCUCAUCCCAGUACCUUUCCCCCCCUCCUCAUCCCAGUCCCUUCCCCCCUCCUCAUCCCAGUCACCUCCCCCCCUCCCUCAAUCCCGUCACCUUCCCGGGUCCCUCCCUCCUCAUCCCAUCACCUUCCCCCCCUCCUCAUCCAGUCACCUCUCCCCCCCCUCCUCAUCUCCCAGUCCCCACCUUCCCCCCCCUCCUCACCCAAGUCCACCGUGCCCCCCCCCUCACCCGUCACCUCCCCCCUCAUCCCAAUCAACCUUCACACCGCCCCCAUCCACUCACUUUCUGUUUCCACCCUCUUCACAACAACACCGGUUUCCUUCCCCCCCACCCUCCUCAUCGGUCACCUUCCACCCCUCAUCCCAGUCACCUUCCCCCCUACCCAUCCCACGUCCCCUUCCCCCCUCCUCUCCCAGGCACCUUUCCCCCUCUCAUGCCCAGUCAACCUUUCCCCCUCCUCAUCCCUCCAGUCACCUUUCCCCCUCCUCCUCCCAGUCCCUUUCGCCCUCCUCAUCCCAGUCCACCUUUCCCCGUCCUACAUCCCAUCACCUUUCCCACUCCUCAUCCCAGUCCACCUUUCCCCCUCCUCACCCAUCCGCUUUCCCUCCUCAUCCCCAGUUCACCUUUCCCCCCCUCCUCAUCCAGUCCACCCUUUCCCCCUCCUCUCCAGUCACUUUCCCCCUCCUCAUCCCAGUCACCUUCCCCCUCCUCAUCCCAGUCAACCUUUUCCCCUCCUCAUCCCAGUGACCAUCCCCCCCCGCCUCAUCCCAGUCACCUUUCCCCCUCCUCAUCCCAGUCACUUUCCUCACCCUCCUCAUCCCAGUCCACCUUUCCCCCUCCUCAUCCCAGUCGACCUUUCCCCCUCCUCAUCCCAGUCCACCUUUUUCCCCCUCCUCAUCCCAGUCACCUUUCCCUUCCCCUCCUCAUCCCAGUCACCUUUCCCCCCCCUCCUCAUCCUACCCAGUCCCUUCCCCCCCCUCCUCAGUCCAGUCACUUCCCUCCUUCCCCCCCUCCCUCAUCCCAUCACCUUCCCCCCCAUCCUCCUACCAGUGACCUCCCCCCCUCCUCAUCCCAGUUACCUUCACCCCCUCUCUCCAUUCAACGUUCCUUCCUUCCACCCCUCCUCCCCCAGGCACCUCCCCCCUCCUUCAUCCAGUCCACCUUUUCCCACCCAUCUCAUCAACCCCCUUCACAUCCUCCAUCUCAUCACUUCCACCCCUCCUCAUCCCGUCAUCCACCUCCCCCCUCCUCAUCUAAAUCACCCCCACCCCCACUCCUCAUCCCAGUCACCUCCCCUCCCCCCCUCCUCAUCCCAGUCACCACCCCCCCUCCCCAGCCCAUCACCUCCCCCCCCCCUCUCAUCCCAGUCAACCUUCCCCCCCCUCCUCAUCCCGUCCCUUCCCCCCUCCUCAUCCGCAGUUCCUUUCCCCCCCUCCUCAAUCCCAGUCACCUUCCCACCCCUGCCUCAGCCCAGUCCACCUCCCCUCCUCACCCAGUCACCUUCCCCCUUCUCAUCUAAAUCACCCCCCAUCCGCAUCCCAGUUCCCCUCCCCCCCUUCCUCCUCAGCCCAGUCACCCCCCCUCCUCAUCCACAGUCACCCUUUUCACCCCCUCAUCCCAGUUCCUUUCUUUCCCCCCGCCUCAUCCCAUUCACCCCCCCCCGCCGCAUCUAAAUCUCUCUCAAUCACACCUUCACCUUCAACCUCCAUCUCAAUCACUUUCCACCCCUCCUCAUCCAGUCACCCUUCCCCCCUCCCAUCCCAGUCACCUUCCCCUUCCUCAUCUAAAUCACCCCCCUCCUCAUCCCAGUCACCUCCCCCCCUCCUAUCCCAGUCACCCCCCCCGCUCCCAGUCACCCCCCCCCCUCCUCAUCCCAUCACCUCCCCCCUCCCAUCCAGUCCACCUCCCCUCCCCCCUCCCUCAUGCCCAUCACCUCCCCCCUCCUCAUCCCAGUCCACCCCCCUCCUCAUCCCAGUCCCCCCCCUCCUCAUCCCAGUCACCUUUUCCCCCCUCCUCAUCCCAGUCCACCCCCCCCCUCCUCACCUCAGGCCACCGUCCCCUAUCCUUCCUGCAUCUCAGGCUCCUGCCACCCUCCCCUCCAUCCACCUCCCACCCUCCGCAUCCCAGUCACCGCCCACCACUCCUCAAUCCCAGUCACUCCCACCUCCUCAUCCCAGUCACCUUCCCCCCUCCUCAUCCCAUGCAACCAUCCCCUCCUCAUCCCAAUCACUUCCCCCUUCCUCAUCCCAACCACCUCCCCCUCCCAGUCCACCUUCCAUCCCCUCAUCCCAGUCACCUUCCUCCCCCCCUCCUCAUUCCAGUCACCUUCCCCCCCUCCUCAUCCCGUCACCUUCCCCCCCCUCCUCAUCCCAGUCACCUUCCCCCCCUCCUCAUCCCAGUCACCUUCCCCCCCCUCCUCAGGCCCAUUCACCAUCCCUUCCCCCCCUCCUCAGCACCAGUCAACCUCCCCCCCUCAUCCCAAUCACCGUCACCCCCCCCACUCCAAUCACUUUCCACCCCUCUUCACACCGGUUUCCUUCCACCCUCCUCAUCCUAGUCACCUUCCACCCUCCUCAUCCCAGUCACCUUCCCCCCUCCUCAUCCCAGUCACCUUCCCCCCUCCUCAUCCCAGUCACCUUUCCCCCUCCUCAUCCCAGUCACCUUUCCCCCUCCUCAUCCCAGUCACCUUUCCCCCUCCUCAUCCCGUCACCUUUCCCCUCCUCCCAUCACCUUUCCCCCCCUCAUCCCAGUCACCUUUCCCCCCCUCCUCACUCCCAGUCACCGUUUCCCCCCUCCUCAUCCCAGUCACCUUUCCCCCUCCUCAUCCCAGUCAACCUUUCCCCUCCGCAUCCAGUCACCUUUCCCCCUCCUCAUCCGUCACCUUUCCCCCUCCUCAUCCCAUCACUUCCCCCUCCCUCAUCCCGCCAGUCCCUGUCCGCCCUCCCUCAUCCCAUUCACCUUUUCCCACUCCUCAUCCCAGUCAACCUUUCCCCCCUCCUCAUCCCCAGUCACCCUUUCCCCCUCCUCCUACCAUCACCUUGCCCCCUCCUCAAUCCCAUCACCUUCCCCCCCCUCCUCAUCCGUCCCUCCUCCCCCCUCCUCUCCCAGUCACCUUCCCCCCUCUCAGAUCCAUGGACCUCCCCCCCUCCGCAUCCCAGUUACCACCUUCACCCCCUCAUAUCAAUACUUUCCUUUCCACCCGCUCCUCAUCCCAGUCACCUCCCCCCUCCUCAUCCCAGUCACCUUCCCCCCUCAUCUCAAUCCUCACCCUUCACCCCCAUCUCAAUCACUUUCCCCCCCUCCUCAUCCCAGUCACCUCCCCCUCCUCAUCCCCGUCACCUUCCCCCCUCCUCAUCUAAAAUCCCCCCCCCCUCCUCAUCCCAGUCACCUCCCCCCCUCCUCAUCCCAGUCACCCCCCCCUCCUCAUCCCAGUCACCUUCCCCCCUCCUCAUCCCAGUCACCUCCCCCCUCCUCAUCCCAGUCACCUCCCCCCACCCUCAUCCCAGUCACCCCCCCUCCCCAUCCCAGUCACCUCCCCCGCUCCUCAUCCCAGUCACCUUCCCCCCCUCCUCAUCCCAGUCCCUUCCCCCCCUCCUCAUCCCAGUUCCUUUCCCCCCCCCUCCUCAUCCCAGUCACCUUCCCACCCCCUCCUCAUCCCAGUCACCCUUCCCCCUUCCUCAUCUAAAUCACCCCCCUCCUCAUCCCAGUCACCAUCCCCCCCCUUCCUCAUCCCCAGUCACCCCCGCCCUCCUCAUCCCAGUCCCCCCCCCCCCCCUCCUCAUCUAAAUCUCUCUCAAUCACCUUCCACCUCAAUCACCCUCCAUCUCAAUUCACUUUCCACCCCUCCUCUCCCAGUCAACCUCCCCCCUCCUCUCCCAGUCACCUCCCCCCUCCUCAUCCCGUCACCCCCCCCUCCUCAUCCCAGUCACCUCCCCCCUCCCAUCCCAGUCACCUCCCCCCCUCCUCAUCCCAGUCACCUCCCCCCUCCUCAUCCCCCGUCACCCUCCCCCCGCCCAGUCACCUCCCCCCCGUUCCUCACCCAGUCACGCCCCCUCCUCAUCCCAUGUCACCUUCCCCCCCCCCUCCCUCAUCCCGUCACCUUCCCCCCCACUCCUCAAUCCCAGUCCCUUCCCCCUCCUCAUCCCAGUCCCCUUCCCCCCCUCGCUCAUCCCAUCACUUCCCACCCUCCUCAUCCCCAGUCAACCUCCCCCCCUCCUCAUCAUCACCUUCCCCCUUCCUCAUCUAAAUCCCCACCAACCCACCCCCCUCCUCAUCCCAUUCACCUCCCCCAUCCUCAUCCCCAGUCAAACCGUUCCCCCCCCCUCCUCAUCCCAGUCACCUUCCCCCCCUCCUCAUCUCUGCACCUCUCCCCCUCCUCAUCUCUGCUUACCUUCCCCCCCUUCUCAUCUAUCUGCCACCCCCCCCCCCCUCAUCUCUGUCACCUUCACCUUUCACCUUCUCAUCCCAGUCACCUUUCACCCUCCUCAUCCCAGUCAACCUCCCCCCCACCUCAUCCCAGUCACCCCCCCUCCUCAUCCCAGUCACCUUCACCCCUCAUCCCAGGCACAUUCCCCCCUCCUCAUCUCAAUCACCUUCCCCCCUCCUCAUCCCAGUCACCUUCCCCCCCUCCUCAUCCCAGUCACCUUCCCCCCCUCUUCAUCCCAGUCACCUUCCCCCCUCCUCAUCCCAGUCACCUUCCCCCCCCUCCUCAUCCCAGUCAUCUUCCCCCCCCUCCUCAUCCCAGUCACCUUCCCCCCCUCCUCCUCAUCCCAGUCACCGUCCCCCCCUCCUCCUAAUCCCAGUCACCUUCCCCCCCUCAUCCCAGUCACCUUCCCCCUCCUCAUCCCAGUCACCCCCCUCCUCAUCCCAGUCACCCCCCUCUCCUCAUCUCAAUCACCCCCCCUCCUCAUCCCAGUCACCUUCCCCCCUCCUCCUCCCAGUCACCUUCCCCCCUCCUCCUCCCAGUCACCUUUCCCCUCCUCAUCCCAGCCACCUUCCCCCCUCCUCAUCCCAGCCACCUUCCCCCCUCCUCAUCCCAGCCACCUUCCCCCCUCCUCAUCCCAGCCACCUUCCCCCCUCCUCAUCACUUUUACCUUCCACCUCAUCUCUCUUACAUUCCACCCUCCUCAUCCCAGUCACCUUCCACCCUCCUCAUCCCAAUCACCCCCCCCCCUCCUCAUCCCAAUCAUCCUCAGCAAUCUACACACAAUACCCCAUAAUGACAAAGUGAAAACAGGUUUUUUGAAUGUUUUGCAAAUUUAUUAAACAGAAAUAACAGAUACAUUAUUUUCAUAAGUAUUCAGACCUUUGCUAUGAGACUCGAAAUUGAGCUCAGGUGCAUCCUGUUUUCAUUGAUCAUCCUUGAGAUAUUUUUACAAUGUGAUUGGAGUCCACCUGUGGUAAUUUCAAUUGAUUGGACGUGAUUUGGAAAGGCACACACCGGUCUAUAUUUUUUUACAUUUACAUUUUUAGUCAUUUAGCAGACGCUCUUAUCCAGAGUGCAGACUGGGGUGAGUGCAUACAUUUUAAAUUUUUUAUACUGGAAUUGAACCCACAACCCUGGCGUUGCAAAUGCCAUGCUCUACCAACUGAGCUAGAUCCCUGCCGGCCAUUCCCUCCCCUACCCUGGACCAAUUGUGCGCCGCCCCAUGGGUCUCCCGGUCGCGGCCGGCUACGACAGAGCCUGGAUUCGAACCAGGAUCUCUAGUGGCACAGCUAGCACUGCGAUGCAGUGCCUUAGACCACUGCGCCACUCGGGAGGACAAUAAGGUCCCACAGUUGACAGUGCAUGUCAGAGAAAAAAUCAAGCCAUGAGGUCGAAGGAAUUGUCCGUAGAGCUCCGAGACAGGAUUGUGUCGAGGCACAGAUCUGGGGAAGGGUACCAAACAUAUCUGCAGCAAUGAAGGUCCCCAAGAACACAGUGGCCUCCAUCAUUCUUAAAUGGAAGAAGUUUGGAACCACCAAGACUCUUCCUAGAGCUGGCCGCCCGGCCAAACUGAGCCAUCGGGGGAGAAGGGCCUUGGUCAGGGAGGUGACCAAGAACCUGCUGGUCAGUCUGACAGAGCUCUAGACUUCGUCUGUGGAGAUGGGCGAACCUACCAGAAGGACAACCAUCUCUGCAGCACUCCACCAAUCAGGCCUUUAUGGUAGAGUGGCCAGACGGAAGCCACUCCUCAGUAAAAGGCACAUGACAGCCAGCUUGGAGUUUGCCAAAAGGCACCUAAAGACUCUCAGACCAUGAGAAACAAGAUUCUCUGGUCUGAUGAAACCAAGAUUGAACUCUUUGGCCUGAAUGCUAAGCGUCACUUCUGGAGGAAACAUGACACCAUCCCUACGGUGAAGCGUGGUGGUGGCAGCAUCAUGCUGUGGGGAUGUUUUUCAGCAUCAGGCACUGGGAGACUAGUCAGGAUCGAGGCAAAGAUGAACGGAGAAAAGUACAGAGAGAUCCUUGAUGAAAACCUGCUCCAGAGCGCUCAGGACCUCAGACUGGGUCGGCGGUUCACCUUCCAACAGGACAACGACCCCAAGCACACAGCCAAGACAACGGAGGAGUAGCUUCGGGACAAGUUUCUGAAUGUUCUUGAGUGGCCCAGCCAGAGCCCGGACUUGAACCCGAUCGAACAUCUCUGGAAAGACCUGAAAAUAGCUGUGCAGCAACGCUCCCCAUCCAACCUGACAGAGCUUGAGAGGAUCUGCAGAGAAGAAUGGGAGAAACUCCCCAAAUACAGGUGUGCCAAACUAUAUAGAGUCAUACCCAAGAAGACUUGAGGCUGUAAUCGCUGCCAAAGGAGCUUCAACAAAGUACUGAGUAAAGGGCCUGAAUACUUAUGUAAAUGUGAUAUUUUAAUUUUUAAUAAUUAGCUAAAAAAGUUAAUCCUAUUUUUGCUUUGUCAUUAUGGGGUUUUGUGUGUAGAUUGAUGAGGAAAAAAAUCAAUUUAAUCAAUUUUAGAAUAAGGCUGUAACCUAAGAAUGUGGAAAAAGUCAAGGGGUCUGAAUACUUUCCGAAGGCACUGUAUGUGUCAGUGUGUUAGAACUGUACUGGUGUUUUAAGCUAUUUAGCUAUUUCUGUAAGUUUAAGUCUCUCUCACUCUCUUUCUCUCUCUCUCUCUCUCUCUCUCUCCCCCUCCCACUCCCUAGGUGGGGUCAGAUUCGUCAGUGAAUUUCACAGUGUACUAUAUGAUCAGUGGUCCAGGAGUGACCAUGUCCCCGGAGAAGCUUUUCUCUGUGGAUCGUGACACAGGCAUGGUGCGUGUACACUACCCUGUCGACCGGGAACAGUACCCCAAGUUUGUGGUAAGUGUGACAGACCUUCAGUACAGGCCAUGGAGUUGGUCUAAAUGAACUCACAAAGAUUAUAGGCAAGAUAAUAGCAGUGUAGUCAUCUUGUCUGUCUGCUGUCUGUACCUCAGACCAAGAGUGGUGUGUGUGUGUAGUUCACAGCCCAGGUGUUUGACAGGCGGUCAGGGAAGGAGACAGAUCGGCCUCUGGACAUCACUGUUCUGGUAGAGGAUAUCAACGACAACGCACCAACCUUCUCUGGACUACUCACUUUCUCUGUGUUAGAGCAGUGCAAACCUGGUGAGUGUGUGUGUGUGUGUGUUUGUGUGUCUGAUAGUUUAAGUACAGUAUUGAUAUCUCUUUCUCUCUCACCCCUGCCUCCCUCUCUCCAGGUACUGAGGUAGGAGAAGUGAAGUCUACUGAUAAGGAUGAAGCAGACACCCCCCACACUAAGAUCAGAUACACCCUUCUGACUGGUGGUCAGUUCUUCACCAUCGGGUCUCACAGUGGGCUGAUCACAGCCAGGACCAGCACUCUUGACAGAGAGGUACCAUAGGCAGGGCUUCCUUCCUUAUUCAACACCCACUUAUUUCCCUCUAAACACACCAGCAUUGCUGUAAGAUAGUUAGCCUAUUGUAUUGUUGUGCUAUGUUAAUAUUAUGUAACAAGUGAUUGUUAGUCUCUGUCAUUCUAGCUAACUGAAUGGUGUACUGAAUUUGAGGUAGAAACCAGUAUAAACCAGAGCAGACUUCAGUACUCUUGAAUGAUGAUACUUUACUGAGGUUUGCUGUGGUGAAAAUGUUGUAGGUCCCGUGUGGCUCAAUUGAUAGAGCAUUGCGCUUGCAAUGCCAGGGUUGUGGGAGACCAGAACCAAAAAUGUAUGCACUCUCGAUAAGAGCGUAUGCUAAAUGACUAAAAUGUAAAUGUAGUAGAAAUGUCUCUCUGUGUGUUUGGGUCUUUCCAGACACAGGUGGUCCAUGCUGUUACCAUGGAGAUCCGGGACAUGGACGGAGCUAAGAACGGCCUGUUCAACACUGCUACGGCCACCAUCACGCUACUGGACAUCAACGACAACCCUCCCACCUUCAGAGAGACCACCGUACGUCACUCCUCCUGCGUGUGUUUAGGAUGACGACUAUGGACGCAUCCCAAAUGGAACCCUAUUCCCUUUAUAGUGCACUACUUUUGACCGGAGUCCAUAGGGAGUAGGGAUAUAGAAAUAGGGUGUCAUUUGGGAUGCAUCCGAUAAAUCACUCAUCUUUGAUGCAAACUCAACGAUAUUGCACACAACAUAGUAGCAAUAGAGUGAAUAUGUGGAAAACUUUACAUUUUGAUAACACUUCAGCCAGACAGAAAAAUGAUAUUUACUUAAUUGUCAAUUGCCACAGAGACAGACAUUUGUAUUUUUCCUUUAUCCCAACCCCCCGCCACACUGCCUACAGCAUUUGAAAAUGGUAAAUAGAUUUUCACUUUUCUCAAACAUGCUAUUCAGGUAACAGCAGAGCUGUAGAGAGUGAUUGUCUGGACAGGUUACCAGUUCUUUAUCCUGAGGUCCUAUUCUAACCUCUCAACCCUUCUGCCAUGAGACAGCACUGUUUCUGUGUCCCAAAUAGCACCCUAUUCCCUGCAUAGUGCCCUAUUGGCCCUGGUCAAGGGCCCUGGUCAAAAGUUCUGCACUAUAAUGGGAAUAGGGUACCAUUUGGGACUUAGCCCGUGCUCUGCCUCUGAGACAGUGAUUGAGGACCUCUCGGGCUGGCUUGGCCAGUACUUGUCCAAACUGUAGAGAAGCAUCCAGGCACCCUGAGGGCCUGCUACACAUACCAGCCAAUUAUUUACAUUUUAUUGGCUGUCGGAAAAUAACACUGCAGGCUAAUCUCUGCGUGGCAGGCCAUUUAGAGUGUAUUAGUAAAUGCAUGAUUUUGAUUGUAAGCAGACCUGCAGAAUGUGUUUUAAUGUAUAGAGAAUAACACAUAGUAAGGUUGUGAAAUUCCAGUAAUUUUUCCCAAAUUACCAGGUUUUCGAGAAAUCCUAGAUGAAAGAUUCCCAAAAUCGAAAGGGAGUAAGCAAUAAACCUGGGAAUUUGGGAAAGUUAACGGAGUUGUGCAACCCUUCACAGUAGUGGUAUUGUCUGACAUCUUGGUUUAAAAAUACUCUUAUUGUUUUGACAAGCGUUUAAGGACUACUGCCCUCUUUUACCCUUUUGACCCUUCGUAGCUUUCCAUUCAGUCAAAAUGUGUCUAAGCAAAACAGGUAUGUGGUGUUAAUAAGGCAGUCAACAAAUCACCUCAGGGUAUUUUCGGUAGGUGCUAAGUGGUCAUUAUUACAUUUACAUUUUAGUCAUUUAGCAGACGCUCUUAUCCAGAGCGACUUACAGUUAGUGAGUGCAUACAUUUUCAUACUGGCCCCCCGUGGGAAAUGAACCCACAACCCUGGCGUUGCAAGUGCCAUGCUCUACCAACUGAGCUACACUGAUAUUUAUUUAAUGUAUUUAUUUGCACUUAAAAAGAAACAUUAUACAUAAAAAAUUAGGUGAAACAUAACUGCAUGGGCACAGUUAGGGCUCCUCUCUCAAUCUAAAUUAUUUUACAAAAUGAUUGUUUGUUUCUGCCUGACAGUACAAGGCCACUAUAAAGGAGAACAGAGCAGACGUGCUGGUCCUGAGGAUUCCUGUGGAUGACAAGGACGAGGAGAAGACCCCAAACUGGAACGCCAGGUUUGUCAUCACCCAGGGCAACGAGAACGGGAAUUUCCGGAUCGACACGGACCAUGAAACCAACGAGGGCCUGCUCUAUGUCGUCAAGGUGACAGAGAUAACAACAACCACAGAUGAAGGCACUGACACAAACAAAUGAAUAAAACAAAGAUAGUCACACACUUUAAAUAUGUUCCAAAUACUUUUAUGUGUAUCCUACUAUGAUUUCAUAUCUUUAAUAUUCCAUUAGUCAGCACCUGUCCAUCUGUUUUGGGUCUGUGUCAACUCUUGCGUUUUACUUGACUGUCACAAAUAAAAACACUGCUACAGAGAGAGAGAGACUGAGAUACUGACAAAGACACAGAGACACUGACUAAAAGAUGAAUGAUGACAUUAUAAUGUACUCACACUGUUAUAAUUCAGAGGCAACUCUCUGGAGAGCUGAGCAUGGAAUUUGUCUUGGCAGACUUCUCUGUGUGUUUGUGUCCAUAUGCAUGGGUGGGUGUUCUCCAGAACAGAACACUCUCACAAGCUGAUUUUCUUAGUAAAGGGGCAGUGCAGUCAAAAACGUGAUUGUCCUGUGUUUUAUAUAUACACUACCGGUCAAAAGUUAACACGUCCUACUGAUUGAAGUUUUUUAAAACUAUUUUCUACAUUGUAGAAUAAUAGUGAAGAGACAAACUAUGAAAUAACAUAUGGAAUCAUGUAGUAACCAAAAAAGUGUUAAACAAAUCAAAAUAUAUUUCAUAUUUGAGAUUCUUCAAAUAGCCACCUUUUGCCUUGAUGACAGCUUUGCACACUCUUGGCAUUCUCUCAACCAGCUUCACCUGGAAUGCUUUUCCAACAGUCUUGAAGGAGUUCCCACAUAUGCUGAGCACUUGUUGGCUGCUUUUCCUUCACUCUGCGGUCUGACUCAUCCCAAACCAUCUUCAUUUGGUUGAGGUCGGGGGAUUGUGGAGGCCAGGUCAUCUGAGCACUCCCAUCACUCUCCUUCUUGGUAAAAUAGCCCUUACACAGCCUGGAGGAGUGUUGGGUCAUUGUUCUGUUAAUAGUCCCACUAAGCCCAAACCAGAUGGGAUGUCGUAUCGCUGCAGAAUGCUGUGCUAGCCAUGCUGGUUAAGUGUGCCUUGAAUUCUAAAUAAAUCACAGACAGUGUCACCAGCAAAGCACCUCCUCCUCUAUGCUUCACGGUGGGAAAUACAAAUGCGUAGAUCAUCUGUUCACCCACACCGCGUCUCACAAAGACACGGCGGUUGGAACCAAAAAUCUCAAAUUUGGACUCCAGACCAAAGGACACAUUUCCACUGGUCUAAUGUCCAUUGCUCGUGUUUCUUGGCCCAAGCAAGUCUCCUCUUCUUAUUGGUGUCCUUUAGUAGUGGUUUCUUUGCAGCAAUUUGACCAUGAAGGUCUGAUUCACAGUCUCCUCUGAACAGUUGAUGUUGAGAUGUGUCUGUUACUUGAACUCUGUGAAGCAUUUAUUUGGGCUGCUAUUUCUGAGGCUGGUAACUCUAAUGAACUUAUCGUCUGCAGCUCUGGGUCUUCCAUUCCUGUACCAGGCGGUAUAAGUUAAUAGCUCUCUGGAGAGCUGAGUGUGGAAUUAGUAUUGGCAGACUUGUCUCUCUCUCUCUCUGUGUGUGUGUGUGUGCAUGCAUGCUUGUUUGGGUGGGUGGGUAUGUGUGUCUAAGUUGUAGCAGUGAUAAGAAGUGAGCGUGGUUGUUAUUAUUAGCUGGUCACAGUGCGUCUCUGCUCUCUGGUAGGUGGUUGUUAAAUGUGUCAGAGAAUGGAGACAUCAGCUUGACCUGAGUCAUAACAGGAACAUUUUGCACAGGUUGUGUCCCAAAUGGCACCCUGUUCCCUAUAUAGGGCUCUGGUCAAAAGGUGUGCACUAUGUAGGGAAUAGGGUGCCAUUGGGGAUGCAACCACAGAGCUCAGGCUAAUGCUGACAGAAUGACAGCCAGGCUAGACUGAGUUAGUCAUGAACCUGUUUUCUUCUCUCCUCUCCCACCCCCUUCCAGCCUCUUGAUUAUGAGAAGGGGAAGACAGUGAAGCUGAUGAUCUCUGCCCAGAACGAGGCUCCCCUGGUGGGCAUGGCAGGGACCUGGCUGUCCAUCCCUGUGGAUGUCAGUGUGGGUGAUGAGGAUGAGGGGCCAGAGUUUACCCCUCCUAACAUGGUGAUCAGGGUUAAAGAGAACACUCCCAACGGGACCCUGCUCUCCACCUACACAGCACUGGACCCAGAGACCAAGAGUAGCAAGGGGAUCAAGUACGGACCACUGUCCCUUGUACACACUAAUGACCCACUGUCCCUAGUACACACUAAUGACCCACUGUCCCUAGUGCACACUAAUGACUAACAGUAGAGUAAAGGAAGAAUAUAGACCUAAGACUACCCUAAAGCUGGUUACAUUAGACUAGAUUGAAAUGUCAUUACAACCACUUUUACCCCAUGGGAGUAAAUUAUACUUUUGUUUAGAUUAAAUGAGAUGUUAUGAGAUGUUUUCUAGUGUCUCUUAUACAUUCUUCUAUUCAUGUUUCUACAUGCAUAUCAUGUUGCACUUAUCAACCAAAGUUUGGAAUGCAUCAAUAGCUCUAUGCUAUCUGUUAAACCUGUUCUCGCUCUCUCUCUCUCUCUGUGUGUGUGUGUGUGUGUGUGUGUGUGUGUGUGUGUGUGUGUGUGUGUGUGUGUGUGUGUGUGUGUGUGUGUGUGUGUGUGUGUGUGUGUGUGUGUGUAAGAUGGCGCCGACAGACAUGGCAGCUCUGCUUCUAGCUCCUAAGCAAUUUUGCAGUAUUUUGUUUUUUUACAAGCAUUUCGCUACACCUGCAAUAACAUCUGCUAAAUAUUUGUAUGUGACCGAUAAAACAUUUGAUUAGUGUGUGUGUGUGUGUGUGUUGUAGGUACUACACAAAAUUUGACCCUGGCUCAUGGAUAGCUGUGGGGGAGACCACGGGAGAGCUGAGGGUAGCUAACACCAUCGACCUUGAGUCUCCUCUAGUUACCAACGGAGCCUACACCAUCACCAUCAAAGCUGUGGAUGAGAGUGAGUGGCGUUUUCACCCAAACUGUUAUUACACAUGGGCAACCGCACUGGAGAGUGUGUAAAGGAUGUCAUACAUGUAUUAAUAUCAAAGGACACAUCUGCCUUUUGGGGUUUAAUAACAUUUCCCUGUGAGGUUUACAGCUUUACGCAUAGUGUAGGUGAACAUGCAGUGAUACAGUAAAACAUGACUUGCUAUGCUGACUCCUCCCAUCUCUUUGUUUGGCUUGUUAUCUUGUGAGGCGUUGCUGAGAACACCUGGAGUAGCUGAACAGGGGUGUGACUGAUCUGUGUUUCUGGGUUGUCAAUCAGGGUGUGGCAGGCAGAAACUCUCCUUUGUGCUCAGUGUACUUUGUACUUGAACUAUUUGCACUACUUUACAACAGUGUAUAUAGACAUAUGACAUUUGAAAGGUCUCUAUUCCUUUGGAACAUUUGUGAGUGUAAUGAACAUUUGUUUACUGUACAUUUGUUGUUGUUUAUUUCACUUUUGUUUAUCUAUUUGACUUGCUUUGGCAAUGUAAACAUACACUAAAUAUACAAAAGUAUGUGGACAUCCCUUAAAAUUAGUCAAUUCGGCUAUUUCAGCCACACCCAUUGCUGACAGGUGUAUAAUAUCGAGCACACAGCCAUGCAAUCUCCAUAGACAAACAUUGGCAGUAGAAUGGCCUUACUGAAGAGCUCAGUGACUUUCAACGUGGCACCGUCAUAGGAUGCCCCCUUUCCAACAAGUCAGUUCGUAAAAAUGUUGCCCUGCUAGAGCUGUGAAGUGGAAACGACUAGGAUCAACAACAGCUCAGCCGCGAAGUGGUAGGCCACACAAGCUGAAUUGUGGCCCAUUCCUCCUGACACAGCUGGUGUAACUGAGUCAGGUUUGUAGGCCUCCUUGCUCGCACAUGCUUUUUCAGUUCUGCCCACACAUUUUCUAUAGGAUUGAGGUCAGGGCUUUAUGAUGGCCACUCCAAUACCUUGACUUUGUUGUCCUUAAGCCAUUUUGCCACAACUUCGGAAGUAUGCUUCGGGUCAUUGUCCAUUUGGAAGACCCUUUUGCGACCAAGCUUUAACUUCCUGACUGAUGUCUUGAGAUGUUACUUCAAUAUAUCCACAUAAUCUUCCUUCCUCAUGAUGCCAUCUAUUUUGUGAAGUGCACCAGUACCUCCUGCAGCAAAGCACCCCCACAGCAUGAUGCUGCCACCCCCGUGCUUCACGGUUGGGAUGGUGUUCUUCGGCUUGCAAGGGACCCCCUUUUUCCUCCAAACAUAACGAUGGUCAUUAUGGCCAAACAGUUCUAUUUUUGUUUCAUCAGACCAGAGGACAUUUCUCCAAAAAGUACGAUCUUUGUCCCCAUGUGCAGUUGUGAACCGUAGUCUGGCUUUUUUAUGGCGGUUUUGGAGCAUUGGCUUCUUCCUUCUUGAGCCGCCUUUCAGGUUAUGUCGAUAUAGGACUCAUUUUACUGUGGAUAUAGUUUCUUUUGUACCUGUUUCCUCCAGCAUCUUCACAAGGUCCUUUGCUGUUGUUCUGGGAUAGUUUGCACUUUUCGCACCAAAGUACGUUCAUCUCUAGGAGACAGUACGCGUCUCCUUCCUGAGCGGUAUGAUGGCUGCGUGGUCCCAUGGUGUUUAUACUUGCAUACUAUUGUUUGUACAGAUGAAUGUGGUAUCCUCAGGCGUUUGGAAAUUGCUCCCAAGGAUGAACCAGACUUCUGGAGGUCUACAAUUUAUUUUCUGAGGUUUUGGCUGAUUUCUUUAGAUUUUCCCAUGAUGUCAAGCAAAGAGGCACUGAGUUUGAAGGUAGGCCUUGAAAUACAUCCACAGGUACACCUCCAAUUGACUCAAAUUAUGUCAAUUAGCCUAUCAGAAGCUUCUAAAGCCAUGACAUCAUUUUCUGGAAUUUUCCAAGCUGUUUAAAGGCACAGUCAACUUAGUAUAUGUAAACUUCUGACCCACUGGAAUUGUGAUACAGUGAAUUAUAAUUGAAAUGAUCUGUCUAUAAACAAUUGAUGGAAAAAUUACUUGUGUCAUGCACAAGGUAGAUGUCCUAACCGACUUGCCAAAACUAUAGUUUGUUAACAAGAAAUUCUCAAACUAGACACUAAUGUAUUUGUCCUCUUGCUAAGUUGUGCACCGGGGCCUCCCACUCCUCUUUCUAUUCUGGUUAGAGCCAGUUUACGCUGUUCUGUGAAGGGAGUAGUACACAGCACUGUACGAGAUCUUCAGUUUCUUGGCAAUUUCUCGCAUGGAAUAGCCUUCAUUUCUCAGAACAAGAAUAGACUGACGAGUUUCAGAAGAAAGUUAUUUGUUUCUGGACAUUUUGAGCCUGUAAUCGAACCCACAAUUGCUGAUGCUCCAGAUACUCAACUAGUCUCAAGAAGGCCAGUUUUAUUGCUUCUUUAAUCAGCACAACAGUUUUGAGCUGUGCUAACGUAAUUGCAAAAGGGUUUUCUAAUGAUCAAUUAGCCUUUUAAAAUGAUAAACUUGGAUUAGCAAACAGAACGUGCCAUUGGAACACAGGACUGAUGGUUGCUGAUAAUGGACCUCUGUACGCCUAUGUAGAUAUUUCAUUAAAAAUCAGCCGUUUCCAGCUACAAUAGCCAUUUACAACAUUAACAAUGUCGACACUGUAUUUCGGAUCAAUUUUAUGUUAUUUUAAUGGACAAAACAUUUGCUUUUCUUUCGAAAACAAGGACAUUUCUAAGUGACCCCAAACUUUUGAACGGUAGUGUAUAUUUCCACAAUAUGAGGUUGCAAUAACACUGUGACAUUUUGAAAAUUAUGAUAAUACCUUUUUAGUGUAAGAGCCGCCUGCAAUUCCAGAGUUUUGGCCUCUCUGCCAAUAACAGUUAGUUUUCAGGUUACAUAUCCCUCCCAUUAGGCUCCUCCAACUAGGCCCCUCACUCAGGCCACUCCCAGACAGUCCUAGCAAAAUUAUUGCUUGAGAAAUAGAUUUUUUGCUAAGAUGCUAUUUUUGUUUGACCAUUUUAAUUGAAAUCAAUCACAGUAAGGUACUUACUUAAUUGUUACCCAGAAAUGAUUUUAUAUUUAGAUAAAAACGGCUACGUUUGACCUUAACAUAACUGCAUGUGUGUGUCCAGCACUUCAACUGUUAUGACAUAUUCCACUUAAAUAAUUGUACUUUUGUUAUGUGGCACUAUUGUAUAAAACAAUGGACUUUAGAUGUAAUAAAAUAGUUGAAUGGAUUACUGAAUGAGUAGACGAAUGAAUUCAGGUUUAAGGUGACAUCACGUUUGAAUGGAUGAGAGAUUCCAGGUUUGAAUGAACGACUGGAUGAAUGAGUUCAGUUUUGUAUGAGUGAAACCCGAAAAGUGAACCAAUAGGGACUGCGGCUCAGAGCCUGAACUUGUUGACCUGACCCCUCCCCCUUCUCUCUGUCUCCUAGGUAAGAAGUCUGGCAAUGGCAAUAUAACGCUGCUGAUAGAGGACGUCAAUGACAACGUCCCGAAGAUCGUCCCGGGAACAGACCUGACGCUGUGUGAGGAGGAGGAGGGGCAGAUGGGCUCCAUAACCAUAGAAGCAAAGGAUGCUGACCUAUCACCUUACGCUGGACCCUUCAACUUCAUGCUGCCAGAGGGGCAUGAUGGGAAAUGGAGGCUGAGAGACAUUCAGAGUGAGUAAAGUGGGUUGGGGUUGAAAUAUGGUUGUGGUUGAAUUGUGGGUAUAGUAUGUCUACAUCCAGAGCAGUGGCGGUCGGUGCCGUUUAAGAUGAGGGAGGAAGAUAUAUAUUUGUUUAUGAGCAUGGCCUUAUUUCUAUUACAGCAUAUUGGAUGACUGUCAUUCAUAUUCCAUUCACCCAGCUCAAUGUAACAUCGAUAGGUUUAGGCUACUACAUGAUACAAAAAUGUUCCCUAUACCCAUCAUGAGGUUGCUACAAUGAACGUUUACAACGUAGGUGCACAGGUUGAGAUAAUUUUUUGUAAUCAAGGUGACAGACAGUGACACACACAGUACCGCCUUGCUCACUCUUGCCUGCAUCUAGGGUGUAAUCAUUAGAUCAACAGUUGCAAACGAGAGUUCAGGUAUGUUUUCCCUGUUUUGUUCCAUUUGCUUCCGUUUAAUAAACGUUUUUCAAUAGAAUUGGCGAAAUGAAUACACCCCUGAUCACACACAAACACAGUUCACUUUCAUACAAACAGCAUGAUCACUUUGCUUGUUGUAAUUCCUUCUCGUAUCUAUGCGCUCUCCUCCUCUUUCACCUUUUCCCUUCACUUGUGGACUUCAGUGUACAACACAUCAGCUGUCUGUGACCAGGCGAAAAAACCUUUCCAAGCCAAACCUUCCUAUCAUAACCGCUACACACAGCCUACCUACAUCGUUGUCACCAUAUUAUCUAACGUCAUAGUCAACAUAGCUAAUAGAAAUAACACAUGAGUAAUCCCGCUACAGUUACAGUGGGGAAAAAAGUAUUUAGUCAGCCACCAAUUGUGCAAGUUCUCCCACUUAAAAAGAUGAGAGAGGCCUGUAAUUUUCAUCAUAGGUACACGUCAACUAUGACAGACAAAUUGAGAUUUUUUUUCUCCAGAAAAUCACAUUGUAGGAUUUUUAAUGAAUUUAUUUGCAAAUUAUGGUGGAAAAUAAGUAUUUGGUCACCUACAAACAAGCAAGAUUUCUGGCUCUCACAGACCUGUAUCUUCUUCUUUAAGAGGCUCCUCUGUCCUCCACUCGUUACCUGUAUUAAUGGCACCUGUUUGAACUUGUUAUCCGUAUAAAAGACACCUGUCCACAACCUCAAACAGUCACACUCCAAACUCCACUAUGGCCAAGACCAAAGAGCUGUCAAAGGACACCAGAAACAAAAUUGUAGACCUGCACCAGGCUGGGAAGACUGAAUCUGCAAUAGGUAAGCAGCUUGGUUUGAAGAAAUCAUCUGUAGGAGCAAUUAUUAGGAAAUGGAAUACAUACAAGACCACUGAUAAUCUCCCUCGAUCUGGGGCUCCACGCAAGAGCUCACCCCGUGGGGUCAAAAUGAUCACAAGAACGGUGAGCAAAAAUCCCAGAACCACAUGGGGGGACCUAGUGAAUGACCUGCAGAGAGCUGGGACCAAAGUAACAAAGCCUACCAUCAGUAACACACUACGCCGCCAGGGACUCAAAUCCUGCAGUCCCCCUGCUUAAGCCAGUACAUGUCCAGGCCCGUCUGAAGUUUGCUAGAGUGCCUUUGGAUGAUCCAGAAGAGGAUUGGGAGAAUGUCAUAUGGUCAGAUGAAACCAAAAUUGAACUUUUUGGUAAAAACUCAACUCGUCGUGUUUGGAGGACAAAGAAUGCUGAGUUGCAUCCAAAGAACACCAUACCUACUGUGAAGCAUGGAGGUGGAAACAUCAUGCUUUGGGGCUGUUUUUCUGCAAAGGGACCAGGACGACUGAUCCGUGUAAAGGAAAGAAUGAAUGGGGCCAUGUAUCGUGAGAUUUUGAGUGAAAACCUCCUUCCAUCAGCAAGGGCAUUGAAGAUGAAACGUGGCUGGGUCUUUCAGCAUGACAAUGAUCCCAAACACACCGCCCGGGCAACGAAGGAGUGGCUUCGUAAGAAGCAUUUCAAGGUCCUGGAGUGGCCUAGCCAGUCUCCAGAUCUCAACCCCAUAGAAAAUCUUUGGAGGGAGUUGAAAGUCUGUGUUGCCCAGCGACAGCCCCAAAACAUCACUGCUCUAGAGGAGAUCUGCAUGGAGGAAUGGGCCAAAAUACCAGCAACAGUGUGUGAAAACCUUGUGAAGACUUACAGAAAACGUUUGACCUGUGUCAUUGCCAACAAAGGGUAUAUAACAAAGUAUUGAGAAACUUUUGUUAUUGACCAAAUACUUAUUUUCCACCAUAAUUUGCAAAUAAAUUCAUUAAAAAUCCUACAAUGUGAUUUUCUGGAUUUUUUCCCCUCAUUUUGUCUGUCAUAGUUGACGUGUACCUAUGAUGAAAAUUACAGGCCUCUCUCAUCUUUAAGUGGGAGAACAUGCACAAUUGGUGGCUGACUAAAUACUUUUUUCCCCCACUGUAUGCAGUAGAGUAUACAGUCAGCAAGUUUCACUAUUUUUAUUUUUAUGACAAGGGGUGGUGGUCUGUGUCUAUUUGUCAAUAACUGCUGGUGCGCAAAAUCUAAUAUUAAAGGUCUCGAGGUUUGGCUCGCCUGAGGUAGAGUAUCUCAUGAUAAGCUGUAGACCACAUUAUUUACCAAGAGAGUUUACAUCUGUAUUUUUCGUAGCUGUCUAUUUACCACCACAAACCGAUGCUGGCAGGAAGACCGCACUCAAUUAGCUGCAUAAGGUCAUAAGCAAAUAAGAAAAUGCUCAUCCAGAGGCGGCGCUCCUAGUGGCCGGGGACUUUAAUGCAGGAAAACUGAAAUCCGUUUUACCAAAUUUCUACCAAGAUGUCACAUGUGCAACCAGAGGAAAAAAACUCUAGACCACCUUUACUCCACACACAGAGAUGCGUACAAAGCUCUCCCUCGCCCUCCAUUUGGCAAAUCUGACCAUAAUUCUAUCCUCCUGCUUACAAGCAAAAACUAAAGCAGGAAGUACCAGUGACUCGCUCAAUACGGAAGUGGUCAGAUGACGCAGAUGCUAAGCUACAGGACUGUUUUGCUAGCACAGACUGGAAUAUGUUCCGGGAUUCAUCCGAUGGCAUUGAGGAAUAUACCACAUCAGUCACCGGCUUCAUCAAUAAGUGCAUCGAUGACGUCGUCCCCACAGUGACCGUACAUACAUACAUACAUACCCCAACCAGAAGCCAUGGAUUACAGGCAACAUCUGCACUGAGCUAAAGGGUGGAGCUGCCGCUUUCAAGGAGCGGGACUCUAACCCGGACGCUUAUAAGAAAUUCCGCUAUGCCCUCCGAUGAACCAUCAAACAGGCAAAGCGUCAAUACAGGACUAAGAUUGAAUCCUACUACACCGGCUCUGAUGCUCGUCGGAUGUGGCAGGGCUUGCAAACUAUUAGCUGCCCAGUGACACAAGCCUACCAGAUGAGAUAAAUUACUUAUAAGUGCGCUUCGAGGCAAGCAACACUGAAGCAUGCAUGAGAGCACCAGCUGUUCCGGACGACUGUGUGAUCAUGCUCUCCGUAGCCGAUGUGAGUAAGACCUUUAAACAGGUCAACAUUCAGACAGAUUACCAGGACGUGUACUCAGAGCAUGGGCUGACCAACUGGCAAGUGUCUUCACUGACAUUUUCAACCUGUCCCUGACUGAGUCUGUAAUACCUAUGUUUCAAGCAGACGACCAUAGUCUCCGUGCCUAAGAACACCAAGGUAACCUGCCUAAAUGACUACCGACCCGUACCACUCACAUCUGUAGCCAUGAAGUGCUUUGAAAGGCUGGUCAUGGCUCACAUCAACACCAUCAUCCCAGUAACCCUAGACCCUCUCCAAUUUGCAUACCGCCCCAACAGAUCCACAGAUGACGUAAUCUCUAUUGCACUCCACACUGCCCUUUCCCACCUGGACAAAAGGAACACCUACGUGAGAAUGCUAUUCAUUGACUACAGCUCAGCGUUCAACACCAUAGUGCCCUCAAAGCUAAGGACCCUGGGACUAAACACAUCCCUCUGCAACUGGAUCCUGGACUUCCUGAUGAGCCGCCCCCAGGUGGUAAAGGUAGGCAACAACACAUCUGCCACGCUGAUCCUCAACACGGGGGCCCCUCAGGGGUGCGUGCUUAAUCCCCUCCUGUACUCCCUGUUCACCCACGACUGCAUGGCCAGGCAUGACUCCAACACCAUCAUUAAGGUUGCCGACGACACAACGCUGGUAGGCCUGAUCACCGACACCGAUGAGACAGCCUAUAGGGAGGAGGUCUGAGACCUGGCAGUGUGGUGCCAGGACAAUAACCUCUCCCUCAACGUGAUCAGGACAAAGGAGAUGAUCGUGGACUACAGGAAAAGGAGGGCCGAGCACGCCCCCAUUCACAUCGACGGGGCUGUAGUGAAGGCGCUACAGAGGGUAAUGCGUACGGCCCAGUACAUCACCGGGGCCAAGCUUCCUGCCAUCCAGGACCUCUAUACCAGGCGGUGUCAGAGGAAGGUCCUAAAAAUUGCCAAAGACUCCAGCCACCCUAGUCAUAGACUGUUCUCUCUGCUACCGCACGGUAAGCGGUACCGGAGUGCCAAGUCUAGGUCCAAAAGGCUACUUAAUAACAGCUUCUACCCCCAAGCCAUAAGACUGCUGAACAGCUAAUCAAAUGGCUACCCAGACUAUUUGCAGUCACUUUACCCCUACCUACAUCUACAAAUUAACUCAAUUACCUCGACUAACCUGUACCCCCUCACAUUGACUCGGUACUGGUAUCCCCUGUAUAUAGCCUCGUUAUUGUUAUUUUAUUGUAACUUUUUUAUUUAGUAAAUAUGUUCUUAACUCUUAACUUAACUGCAUUGUUGGUUAAGGGCUUGUAAGUAAGCAUUUCAUGGUAAGGUCUACACCUGUUGUAUUCAGCGUAUGUGACAAAUGUGAUUUAAUUUGAAGACUAUAUCUAGAAUUUAAAUGACCAUAGAACAGAUUACUAGAUCCCAGAUUGCCCUUUUAAGCCCAGUGGAACGGACAGAAGGCAGUGAGUGUUAAGAGGCCUGUGUGUGAAUGCGUCCUAAAUGGUACCCUAUUCCCUUAAUAGGACACUUCCGUAUGUGACCUGGUCAAAAGUAGUUCACUAUAUAGGGAAUAGGGUACAAUUUGAGACGCAGCCUUAGUGUAUAUUAUACAGAGCCAGACCUCUGUGUGUGUAUUGUUUGUGUAUCAGCCAUGGCCAGACCUCUGAAGCCUCACAGGAGAGAAAUGUCAAACUAAAUGUCAGGCAGCACAGAGGAAAUGUCACCCUUCAUUUAGUGUGUGUGUGUGUGUGUGUGUGUGUCACCCUCCACUUAUUGGCAGAGUAAAUACAUCUGUGGAUAAGUCCCAAAACAACAAUCACAGGCUGCCAUGGGCCCAGCACACAGUGGGCACAUAGACACAGGUGCAUGCAGGCACACACACACAGUGACCAUAGAGUCAGAUACUGGAGGGGAUAGGGAUUGAGAUAAAUAGACACAUCACACACCAUAGGGCCCUCACACUGCAGGGCCCUCACACUGCAGGGCCCUCACACUGCAGGGCCCUCACACUGUGGGACCCUCACGCUGCGUGCCCCUCACGCUACAGGACACUCACGCUGCAGGACACUCACAUGACCCCAUGGCACAUAUCCACACGCUGCAAAGCACGUAAACUCAGCAAAAAAAGAAACGUCCUCUCACUGUCAACUGCGUUUAUUUUCAGCAAACUUAACAUGUGUAAAUAUUUGUAUGAACGUAACAAGAUUCAACAACUGAGACAUAAACUGAACAAGUUCCACAGAAAUUGAAUAAUGUGUCCCUGAACAAAGGGGGGGUCAAAAUCAAAAGUAACAGUCAGUAUCUGGUGUGGCCACCAGCUGCAUUAAGUACUGCAGUGCAUCUCCUCCUCAUGGACUGCACCAGAUUUGCCAGUUCUUGCUGUGAGAUGUUACCCCACUCUUCCACCAAGGCACCUGCAAGUUCCCAGACAUUUCUGGGGGGAAUGGCCCUAGCCCUCACCCUCCGAUCCAACAGGUCCCAGACGUGCUCAAUGGGAUUGAGAUCCGGGCUCUUCGCUGGCCAUGGAAGAACACUGACAUUCCUGUCUUGCAGGAAAUCACGCACAGAACGAGCAGUAUGGUUGGUGGCAUUGUCAUGCUGGAGGGUCAUGUCAGGAUGAGCCUGCAGGAAGGGUACCACAUGACGGAGGAGGAUGUCUUCCCUCGAACGCACAGUAUUGAGAUUGCCUGCAAUGACGACAAGCUCAGUCCAAUGAUGCUGUGACACACCGCCCCAGACCAUGACGGACCCUCCACCUCCAAAUCGAUCCCGCUCCAGAGUACAGGCCUCGGUGUAACGCUUAUUCCUUCAACGAUAAACGCAAAUCCGACCAUCACCCCUGGUGAGACCAAACCGUGACUCGUCAGUGAAGAGCACUUUUUGCCAGUCCUGUCUGGUCCAGAGACGGUGGGUUUGUGCCCAUAGGUGACGUUGUUGCCGGUGAUGUCUGGCCCUCAGUCCUGCCUCUCUCAGCCUCAGCGGACAGUCUAAGCACUGAUGGAGGGAUUGUGCGUUCCUGGUGUAACUCAGGCAGUUGUUGCCAUCCUGUACCUGUACCGCAGGUGUGAUGUUCGGAUGUACCGAUCCUGUGCAGGUGUUGUUACACGUGCUCUGCCACUGCGAGGACGAUCAGCUGUCCGUCCUGUCUCCCUGUAGCGCUGUCUUAGGCAUCUCACAGUAUGGACAUUGCAAUUUAUUGCCCUGGCCACAUCUGCAGUCCUCAUGCCUCCUUGCAGCAUGCCUAAGGCACGUUCACACAGAUGAGCAGGCAUCCAGGGCAUCUUUCUUUUGGUGUUUUUCAGAGUCAGUAGAAGGGCCUCUUUAGUGUCCUAAAUUUCAUAACUGUGACCUUAAUUGCCUACCGCCUGUAAGCUGUUACUGUCUUAACGACCGUUCCACAGGUGCAUGUUCAUUAAUUGUUUAUGGUUCAUUGAACAAGCAUGGGAAACAGUGUUUAAACCCUUUACAAUGAAGAUCUGUGAAGUUAUUUGGAUUUUUACGAAUUAUCUUUGAAAGACGGGUCCUGAAAAAGGGACUUUUUUUUGGGGGCUGAGUAUACAUACUGUGCUUGGCACACAAACACACACUGUGAGGCGCACACAACUACCACAGGAGAGUACAAAAUAUGGAGGGAAACUCUCUGAACACUGAACAUUCCAAAGGUUAUCUCCUCAUGGUGCAUUUAUACCCUGGAUACCACAGUAAUCUCUCUCUUUUUCUCUCUUUCUCUCUUUCUCUCUUUCUUUCAUUGCCCUCUGUAGACGGGUCAGCAGUGCUGGAGCAGGUGGUGGAGAUGGCCCGGGGUGUGUAUGCGGUCCCUGUACGUGUGACUGACCUCCAGGAUAAGGGCGGGGUCCAGGUGCUGUCUGUAAGGGUGUGUCAGUGCCUGGGGGGAGAGUGUGUAGCCAAGAGGAGCUCUGUUUCUGUGGGGAUUUGGGGCGUCCUGGCCAUGCUGCUGGCCUUCCUGCUGCUCCUACUGCUCUGUGAGUAGGAAUGGUGGAUACACACUAGCACAUGCCCGCACAUGUGCAUUAAUCGCAUAUCAUAUCCUGCAUCACUUAGUCACAUCAGAUACUUUGUCAGUUUAUUCCUGUACUACAUCAGAUACUACACAGAGUGCACAUACCAUUUUAUCAGAUAUGAAUGACAUAUCCUACAUUUAUACUUCACAUCUAUAAUUUCAGGCAAUUCUCCAUUUAUAUGGAUUUAUGUAACUAACAUAUUUGCUCUCUCAUAUGCAGGUCUAUUAUUUGUGUUUUACUGCACCACUAAGGGAGAGAAGAUCUACAUGGAAGACUGUAGUGGUGGCAUGCUGCUGAAGUCUAACACAGAGGCUCCUGGAGAUGAAGUGGUGAGAUCAGCUUUCCUCUGGACUAGCUCCUCUAUCAUUGAUGAGUGUGUGUACUGUGUUUGCGUGUGUGUGAAUGGGACUGUCAUUAUCAUUGUCCUUAUCCUCUGUUAUCGCUGGUCAGAAAUCUGCGGCCCUGCUGAUUGUACCUUCCACCGGUGUUGCCGUGGACACAGUGGAUAGCUCCAUGAAGGGGGCAGGGCUGGUGGGGCUUCUGAACCAGAAUGGGGCGGGGUGUCCGGCUCCAGGUCCUCCUCUGAUUGGUCAGCAGACGAUCAAUCUGAAUCGGGAGAGUGUGUAUCAGACGAGCAGUAGGCAGGACUUCCUGACAGCUCAGGGACAGAGCUUUUACUCCACCGGACAGUACGGGGGAGGUAACUUCUACACAGACACUACCUUCCUCAAACAGUCCCAGGCUUCCUCCACUCUCUCCGCCCUGCACACCUGGAAGACCAACGGACUCUACCUGGGCAAGGUAAACCAUUUUUUUAAAAACAUGUUGCUUUGGCUGUGGUUUUUGUGAUAAAAUUCAGAUUAAUGGAUUGCAUUUGUAGAUUUAGUCUAUAUGGGCUGCUUCAAAAGAAUAGCAUUUCAGCACUCAAUUUGUCAUUCCUGUCAAGUGCUUUUGCAAGACAUAACUGCGUUGGUGUGACGACAGUUAGGACCUGGUUGUAUUCCUAAGCCGUUCUGUAACCUGUGUUGACACCUCUGUUUUCUCUGUCCUGCAGAAGCUGGUGUAUUUUGGAGAUGAGUCAGAGGAGCGUUAUGCGGACGACGUGGCCCGGGCAUAUGAUUACGAGGGAGAAGGGUCACCGGCCGGGUCAGUGGGGUGCUGCAGUGACUUUGGUGACCAGGAUAACCUGGACUUCCUGGACUCACUGGGGUCAAAGUUCAAAACACUGGCCAACAUCUGCAUGGACAAGGAGGAGGAGAUC